AUGCCGAAGCUCCGCCGCGCGCGGGCCUACCUUGCACCGCCGCCGCCCUGCAGCAGCAGCCGCCGCCAGAGUUUGCAGCAGCACCCGCCGCCAGAGCCUGCAGCAGCGGCCGCCGCCGAGCCUGCAGCAGCAGCCGCCGCCAGGCCUGCAACAGCUGCCGCCACCGAGCCUGCAGCAGCAUCCGCCGCUCUGUUGCAGCAGCCGCCGCCGUCCAGCAGCAGCAGCCGCCGCCCCUGGACCCCACGAGCUGCCCCAGCAGCAGCCCACGGCGCCGACCCUACAGCUGUAUGCGCCGCCACUCCUGGACUUGGUACGGCUGCCUGCCUGUGCUGCCUGUUGCUGCCCGUGCCUGUGCUGCCCGUACCUGUGCUGCCCGUGCCUGUGCUGCCCGUGCCUGUGCUGCCCGUGCCUGUGCUGCCCGUGCCUGUUGCUGCCUGUGCCUGUGCUGCCCGUGCCUGUGCUGCCCGUGCCUGUGCUGCCCGUGCCUGUUGCUGCCCGUGCCUGUGCUGCCCUGUGCUGCCUGUGCCUGUUGCUGCCUGUGCCUGUGCUGCCCGUGCCUGUGCUGCCCGUGCCUGUGCUGCCCUGUGCUGCCUGUGCCUGUUGCUGCCCGUGCCUGUGCUGCCCGUGCCUGUGCUGCCCGUGCCUGUUGCUGUUCGUGCCUGUGCUGCCCGUGCAUGUGCUGCCCGGGCCUGUUGCUGCCUGUGCCUGUGCUGCCCGUGCCUGUGCUGCCCGUGCCUGUGCUGCCCGUGCCUGUGCUGCCCGUGCCUGUGCUGCCCGUGCCUGUUGCUGCCCGUGCCUGUGCUGCCCUGUGCUGCCUGUGCCUGUUGCUGCCUGUGCCUGUGCUGCCCGUGCCUGUUGCUGCCUGUGCCUGUGCUGCCCGUGCCUGUGCUGCCCGUGCCUGUGCUGCCCGUGCCUGUGCUUCCCGUGCCUGUGCUGCCCGUGCCUGUUGCUGCCUGUGCGUGUGCUGCCCUGUGCUGCCUGUGCCUGUUGCUGCCCGUGCCUGUGCUGCCCGUGCCUGUGCUGCCCGUGCCUGUUGCUGCCCGUGCCUGUGCUGCCCGUGCCUGUGCUGCCUGUGCCUGUUGCUGCCUGUGCCUGUGCUGCCUAGUCUUCCAGCUGUCUGCUCACCUGCCCGCCUGUUAA